CAUUCUGAGACGCAGAGGUGUGGACGUUAUCCCUGUGCAGUGUGGACUGUGUGGAACUUCUCCCGCUCUUGACCCUUUUGACGCUCUUGUCUCUUUGUCCUAAAAGUGGAUGUGACACUUGAAGCUCUUUCUGAAGAUCAUUUGCCAUUGAAAGGAAUUUUCGGAUGGUGGAAGAAUCAGUAAUAACAUUGCAUUCCCUCUAUGUGGUAUCCUGAAGCCCUCUCCAACAGGACCAGGAGGCACCAGAGUGACGACGAAAAGUGCUGAAAGAGCGAAUACAGAAAGAAGAAGGAUCAUAAAGGACAUGCACAGAAUGGUGCUCUGGAGGGGAGAGCAGAAGUGUUCUGCACUGGAAUGACCUCCCACACACACUCACGUGGUUUCUAUGGGGAUUUCAGCAUAGCUGCACUCUGCUGGAUGGGAGGUGCUGUAUUUCCGUGCCAUCUGAUCGCUCUGCUCUGAUUGGCCAGUAUUAUUCAGUCGCCGCACUGCCGUUGGUCAGAAUGCCAGCAAAAGGGAAGUACUUGCUGAAUGAGCAGAUGUUAAAACAGGAAGCACUGUACAGGAAAUUUUCUGGCAUUAGCCAAUACCAGCCAUUCGUUCUGUUGCUGGGACUGAGCAUGCUCACCUGUGCCACACUGCUAGUGCUCUUCUUCAGUCUGAAACUGGAUGCAACGGUCCAUGGCAUAUUUGUGGGAGUUGUGGGAGGAGCGUUGUGUUUGUUUCUGGCUGUGUUUAUAUUAAUGUGUACAGAGACCCUCUCUCAGAGAUGGAGAACUUUACUUGGCCUUGCCGUGUGGGCCACACACCUCACAAUGGGAUUCACCUUUAUUUUCAGCACAGAAUCCGACAUACCAAUACAACCAUGGGACCAGGUGCCCUUCUUCCUCUUCAUUAUCAUUACAGUCUACACAAUGCUGCCAUUCCAGAUGAGCUAUUCUGUGGCCCUGAGUAUCAUCUCCUCUCUGUCUCACAUCAUUGUUCUUUCAGUGUACCUCACAGUGGGUGGGUCACCCCCCAAACUCACCAGGCACCACAUCACCAAUCAGUUGCUGUCAAAUGCUGUGGUGUUUGUUUGUGGAAGUAUGGUUGGUGCAUUUCAUAAGGAUCUGAUGGAGAAAGCGCUCCUGCAGACAUUUCUGGAUACUCUUCGCUGCCUUGGCAUUCGCAUGAAACUGGAGAUUGAGAAGAGACAGCAGGAAAACCUUUUACAGUCAGUGCUUCCUGUGUACAUCUCCAUGAAGAUGAAGUUGGCCAUAAUGGAGCGCUGCAAGUGUAAAGAUAGAGAGGAACAGCAGCGUAUGGUCCGUGACAACAACUUCCACAGUCUUUAUGUGAAGAGACAUGAGAAUGUCAGCAUCCUAUAUGCUGACAUCGUGGGUUUCACACGUUUGGCCAGUGACUGUUCUCCUAAGGAGCUUGUGAUUAUGCUGAAUGAACUUUUUGGGAAGUUUGACCAGAUUGCAAAAGAGAAUGAGUGUAUGCGGAUAAAAAUUCUUGGUGACUGUUACUACUGUGUGUCUGGCCUCCCAGUUUCCCUGCCAAAUCAUGCCAAAAACUGUGUUAAGAUGGGCCUGGACAUGUGCGAAGCCAUCAAGCAGGUGCGUGAGGCCACAGGUGUGGAUAUAAACAUGCGAGUAGGUGUGCACUCUGGAAACGUCCUCUGUGGUGUGAUUGGCCUACGGAAAUGGCAGUUUGAUGUGUGGUCACAUGAUGUCACCCUAGCCAAUCAUAUGGAGUCAGGUGGAUUACCAGGACGAGUUCACAUCACAGAGGCGACUCUGAAGCACUUGAACAAAGCGUAUGAGGUGGAGGAGGGGAAUGGUCACCUGAGAGACCCCUACCUUAAAGAGCUUAACGUCAAGACGUACCUGGUCAUAGACCCGCGGUCAAAAGACUCAUCACUGAUGGCUCCCAAUGUCACCAAGCCUCGUGAUGGUUUGAAGAUGCGAGCAUCUGUGCGUAUGACACGCUUCCUGGAGUCGUGGGGGGCUGUCAAACCUUUUGCCCAUCUGCAGAGCCGCGAGGAAUUCAGCACAGAUGCUAUGGUCAAUGGAAAGGGUCGCUGCAAGGAUAUCCCUCUUAGACCAGUACCGACCAAAAUUACUGAAAGCUUUGAUGAGUCUCUUGAGGAGCCCUUCAGUUUACCUGCUCCUUCCUUGAGCACAUAUAAGAAUAAAUCACAGAAGACUAAGUUUGACGAAGAACUUCAUGACAAGAUGACCACCACCAUCAAUGAUUUGAGCUCCAGCAAUCAGUGGGUGAAGUCUGAAGAGACCUACAGCCUCACACUGUGUUUUACUAAAAGAGACCUGGAAAAGCAGUACAGGACUAUAGAGAUGCCAAGUUUUAAAUACUACAUUGGCUGUGCCACCUUAAUCUUUUUAUGCAUCUUCAUCAUCCAGAUGUUUGUUACCCAGCAGCGUAAAAAUCUGGGGCUGGCGUUUGCGGUGUUGGCGUGUGUUCUGCUUUUGAUUCUGUGCAUCUGUUUUGCAGGUCAUAUACAGAGGAUGUUUCCAGAGAAGUUAAAAUCAUGUACGUGGCUCUCGGCUCUUUCAGAAGCAGUGGUUAAGAGACCUUUUAUGCGCCUCCCAUUGGCAACCGUGGCCACCGCAGUCAUAGUCAUCAUCGCCAUGUUCAACUUUUAUUUUAAAAACACAGAGAAUUUAUGCCACACUCUGCUACAAAAUAACAGCAUCAAUCCUGAUUCUCCUGUAAAUGACCUUUCAUAUUUGCCUUAUUCUGUAUAUAAUUGUAUAUUGGCAUUGAUUGCCUGUGGCGUGUUCUUGAGGGUGAGUUUGGAGCUGAAGGUGGCCUUUCUCUUCAUCGUCUCUACCAUUUCCUACAUCAUCAUCUUCUACUCUCAGGAAAAUCUCUUCAACAGCUACACCUGCCUCCUGUACAGGAACCACAGCUGUGUGGAUGACAGUUUGAUGCUGUGCAAAGCAGGACUUAUGAAGCACCCACAGCUCAUGAGCUGCAUCUACAUCACACUGUUCCUCUUUACCAUGCUGCUCAUAUCCCGCCAGAAUGAGUACUGCUGUCGUCAGGACUUCCUGUUGAAGAACAAGAACCUGGCCGAUAAGGAAGAAGUCGAGCUGUGCGAAAACCUGAACCGUCUCCUUCUGGAGAAUGUUCUCCCUGCACACGUGGCCGCUCUCUUCGUGGGCGAGAACAAAAAGAAUGAGGUGGGGCUGCUGUCCACUAUCUCUUUACUAAACCGGAAAUACAAGGACCUGUACUAUAAGUCAUAUGACUGUGUAUGUGUGAUGUUUGCCUCGGUGCCAGACUUCAAAGAGUUCUACACUGAGUGUGACAUAAAUAAAGAAGGACUGGAGUGUUUGAGGCUCCUCAAUGAGAUCAUCGCCGACUUUGAUGAGUUGCUGUCUAAGCCCAAGUUCAGUGGUGUGGAGAAGAUUAAAACCAUCGGCAGCACGUACAUGUCUGCUGCAGGACUGAGUGGACCUCCAGAACAAAGCAGCCAGGACCGUGAGAGGCAAAAUGCUCAGAUAGGAAACAUGGUGGAAUUCGCCAUUGCUCUGAUCGGCAAGCUGGACGGCAUCAACAGACACUCCUUCAACACAUUCAGGCUUCGUGUUGGUAUAAACCAUGGCCCGGUGAUUGCAGGGGUGAUUGGAGCCAGGAAACCACAGUAUGAUAUCUGGGGAAACACUGUGAAUGUGGCCAGUCGGAUGGAAAGCACCGGAGAGCUGGGUAAAAUACAGGUGACAGAGGAGACGUCUGAUGUCCUGCAGAAGCUGGGCUAUUCAUGUGAGUGUCGUGGCCUGAUCAAUGUGAAGGGCAAAGGAGAGCUCAAAACCUUCUUUGUGUGCACAGAUUCCAGCAAACAGCAGGGCAUCGGUCUGAGCUGAGACUGAAGUCUCUGCCGCUGACAGCUUCAAACACACACGCACACAUACACACAGACUCCGGAACCUAUAUGUGAUCUCUUUGUUUUCAUUUAAGAAUGUUUUAUUGCUACUGGAUUUGUUUCUUUAGAGCAUGUCUAAAGAACUGCACAUUCUUUCAAACUCGAACAUGUUGGAGUUUGUUUUGGCAGCAUUUGGAGAACUGAAACUCUCCGACAUACAGCAGCAUAUGCAUACACACAUCUCACAUGAACACAAGCUGAACUUUGCCAUACUCUUAUGGGAAACUGAGCUCGGUGAAGGAAAAUACUGGUUCUCGGUAUUGCUCUCAGACUUUCUGGGUACUGCUGUCAUAGUGGCCUUGAUCCUGUUGGAUUAAGACUGAUUUGGGAUGACUGAGCUGGUCGGACGGUUUUGGCUUGCAGGCAGAGGGAACACGUGACUCACACAAACUCAUCACCGCCGACGUUAAGAUAUCUAGAAUUUCUUUACUCAUGUAAAAUAAUAUGUAUCUUAUUAUAAACCUUUCUGUCAACUUUUGGACCAACAAGAUGGUGGAUGAUUUGAUUUUUUGUUUUUUUUUCUUUAAAAAAAACAUCUGCCAAGUGUUUUGAAUGUCAAAUAUUGACAAGCAGCGUUGAUGUGCUGUUGCCUUCGAGUUGAGAUUGUGAAUGUUGGAGAUGAGCCUUCCUUAGCUUCAUAACGUGCUACAAACGAAAACUAUUAAGAAAUGUUUACAUAUACCGGGAAAAAAUAUCAACAAUGAAAAUUCAAUUUACUUUAAGUGAAAGUGUGCUUUCAUCUUUUUUAGUCUUAGAUCUUGACCAAAUGGCUCUGUGGCUUCACUCAUCUGAAGUUGGAUGUAUUCAUGCAUCUUAGCUUACAUUGCAGUAGACAGUCUCUGCUUCUAUUCUGUGAGAAUGCUUGGUGAAAGUGGGAAGUGUCUGUCUGAUGAAGCCAUAGGCAUACAUGUUCAAUUGAGAUUGAAAAUCUUAUGCGCCUCUCUGGGUUUUCAGAGUGUUACAGUGACUGAAUUUACAUGAUUUGAGAUUCUGCGCUGCCUUUCUGUAAUGCAUUGUUUGUGAGGAAUGCUCUGUUUUGUAUGCAUUGCUACAGAAUAAAUCAUUUUACACUUUA